AUGCUGGGCACGGGUCAGAGCCUCCGUCUGGGCCACUCCCUGAAUGGAGACCGGAUGGGUGCUCCAGCUGCCAGCCUCUGCUUCGGCCCUGUGAAGUGGGUUCAGGGCAGGCUGAGCUGUCGGAGUCCAGGGGGCCUGGUGCUUCGGCCCGGCCUGCUUAGGGUAGAGCACUGUGUGGGUAAUCACGGCUCGAAAGGUCCCGAGUUUCUGUGGAUGCAGAUCGGGGUGCGGGCGCCCAGGCGGGCUGUGGCCACACUGCAGGGCACUGGAGCGGCCAACACCCACAAGGGGCUGACACUGAGCCAGCGUCCAGCUCGCGCCCCGCCGCUGCCAUCCCUGUUCCCAACCCCUGCCCCCGCCGCCCAGCAGACCUCCACCAGCCUGGGGCCCCUCGCCAACCCCACCUCCUCGGUGCUGGUCAGCGCGCCUGCCCCACCCGGGACCCCCGCCCCGGCACCCAUGGCCACCACAGGCCUUCCCCCUCUGCUUCCGGCUGAGAGCAAAACUUUUCCCAGCAACCUUCCGGCCCUGAGUGUGGCCAAGGCCGCAGCAUCUGGGCCGGCGAAGUCCUCUGGGUUGCAGUACGAGGGCAAGCUGAGCGGCCUGAAGAAACCCCCCGCCCUACAGCCCAGCAAGGAGGCCUGCUUCCUGGAGCAUUUGCACAAACAUCAAGGCUCUGUCCUCCACCCCGACUACAAGACAGCCUUCCCCUCCUUCGAGGACGCCCUGCACCGCCUCCUGCCCUACCAUGUCUACCAGGGCGCCCUCCCCUCCCCCAGCGACUACCACAAAGUGGACGAGGAGUUUGAGACGGUCUCCACGCAGCUGCUGAAACGCACCCACGCCAUGCUCAAUAAGUACCGGCUGUUGCUCCUGGAGGAGUCCCGGCGGGUGAGCCCCUCAGCGGAGAUGGUGAUGAUCGAUCGCAUGUUCAUUCAGGAGGAGAAGACCACCCUUGCCUUGGAUAAGCAGCUGGCCAAGGAGAAGCCGGAUGAGUACGUGUCUUCCUCGCGCUCCCUCGGCCUCCCCGCCGCGGUGGCCUCUUCCGAGGGCCCCCGCGGUUACUUUGGGGCGCACACGGUCCCCUCCUUGGCUAGUGGGGCGCCUGACGUGCCCGCGGAUCCAGCACGUCCCAACUCUGGCCUCUGCCGGCUCGCCCUGCCCCUGCCCACCCCUGGGGUCGCCCUUCUCCUGGGAGCCCUGCGUUCGUCCAGUGGGGGUGGCCCGGGUGGGUCCGCAGUCCCGGAGCUGAGUGAGGCACAGGAAGCGCGCUGGAUGGCGCCAGGGCUCAGGAAUGCGAGUCUUCCGGGCAGUGCGCUCCCCUGCGUCGUCCUGGGCGCUCCGUUCACGCAGCCCGAGGCCAUCCGCACGGUGACCUCGGCGCUCAAGGAGCUGUACCGCAGCAAGCUGCUGCCGCUGGAGGCGUGCUACCGCUUCGGCGCCUUCCACUCGCCGGCGCUGGAGGACGCAGACUUCGACGGCAAGCCCAUGGUGCUGGUGGCCGGCCAGUACAGCACCGGCAAGACCAGCUUCAUCCAGUACCUGCUGGAGCAGGAGGUCCCCGGCUCCCGCGUGGGGCCCGAGCCCACCACCGACUGCUUUGUGGCCGUCAUGCACGGCGACACCGAGGGCACUGUGCCUGGCAACGCCCUGGUCGUGGACCCGGACAAGCCUUUCCGGAAGCUCAACCCCUUCGGGAACACCUUCCUCAACAGGUUCAUGUGCGCCCAGCUCCCCAACCAAGUCCUGGAGAGCAUCAGCAUCAUCGACACCCCCGGCAUCCUGUCGGGCGCCAAGCAGAGAGUGAGCCGGGGCUACGACUUCCCGGCAGUGCUGCGCUGGUUCGCCGAGCGCGUGGACCUCAUCAUCCUGCUCUUCGACGCGCACAAGCUGGAGAUCUCGGACGAGUUCUCCGAGGCCAUCGGCGCUCUGCACGGCUAUGAGGACAAGAUCCGCGUGGUGCUCAACAAGGCGGACAUGGUGGAGACGCAGCAGCUGAUGCGCGUGUACGGCGCCCUCAUGUGGGCGCUCGGCAAGGUGGUGGGCACGCCGGAGGUCCUGCGAGUCUACAUCGGCUCCUUCUGGUCGCAGCCCCUCCUCGUGCCCGACAACCGGCGCCUCUUCGAGCUGGAGGAGCAGGACCUGUUUCGGGACAUCCAGGGCCUGCCGCGCCAUGCCGCGCUGCGCAAGCUCAACGACCUGGUGAAGCGAGCGCGGCUGGCGAGGGUCCACGCCUACAUCAUCAGCUACCUGAAGAAGGAGAUGCCCUCUGUGUUCGGGAAGGAGAACAAGAAGAAGCAGCUGAUCCUCAAGCUGCCCGUCAUCUUUGCCAAGAUCCAGCUGGAGCAGCACAUUUCCCCCGGCGACUUUCCUGACUGCCAGAAGAUGCAGGAGAUGCUGAUGGCCCAUGACUUCACCAAGUUCCACUCGCUGAAGCCCAAGCUGCUGGAGGCGCUGGACGAGAUGCUGACUCGGGACAUCGCCAAGCUGAUGCCCCUGCUGCGGCAGGAGGAGCUGGAGAGCACGGAGGUGGGCGUGCAGGGUGGUGCCUUCGAGGGCACCCACAUGGGGCCCUUCGUGGAGCGGGGCCCAGACGAGGCGCUGGAGGAUGGCGAGGAGGCUUCGGAUGACGAGGCCGAGUGGGUGGUGACCAAGGACAAGUCCAAGUACGACGAGAUCUUCUACAACCUGGCGCCCGCCGAGGGCAAGCUGAGCGGCUCCAAGGCCAAGACGUGGAUGGUGGGCACCAAGCUCCCCAACUCUGUGCUGGGGCGCAUCUGGAAGCUGAGCGACGUGGACCGGGACGGCAUGCUGGAUGACGAGGAGUUCGCCCUGGCCAGCCACCUCAUCGAGGCCAAGCUGGAGGGCCACGGGCUGCCCGCCAACCUGCCCCGCCGCCUCGUGCCCCCCUCCAAGCGGCGCCAGAAAGGCUCUGCCGAGUGAGCCGCUGCCGCCUGCCGGCCCUGCUCCCUCGUGCCCUGCUGUGGCUCCCUGGCUCUUGGCUGCACACUCACCCCUGCCCUGCCCCACACGCGCUGCCCUGCCCGGCUGUGGAAUCUUCCUCUCCCCACCGCCAGACAUCCAGGUCCAAGCACUUAGUGGGGACCUGGGGGGAGGGCAAGGCUGCUCCCUGCCACCCUUCACACCUCGUGGCACAUAAUGGCUGCACCGCACCCCGCCGACACACAUGUGGGCACGUCACACUGACACUAACACUCGGGCAUUGGCACGCCCGUCAUUCAUUCAGAUGUUCAUUGAGCACCUACCUGCCUGGCCCUCACGGAGCUGCCAUCCUCAGGAGAGGGCGCCCACCGAUCACACAAACGCAUGCUGAAAUGACAAACUCCCUUUUUCUCCCGCCGGGCCAGGCAAAGACCCCACUUUCUCCUGUCCUCAGGUCUUGGGACCACUGGGGACCCACAGCGAGGCCAUGACCUCCAUCUUCCUCAGAGGGACCCUUUUUCUGCCCCCUCCCUUCCUUUCCGGGGAAAGCCCCAAAAUUCUGAUCACAACAUUUCUUUAAUAAAGAUCUUGUAGCAGGUAGGAAAACCCCUUCCACCCUGGCCCCUCCUGGACCAUGCCCCCUCGGAGGGUCUUCUGCCCUCCGUGCCCAGCCUGCCGCGGGGGCCCCUCUGCCCGCACUUAAGAGGCACCCCGACUGGACACAGCAGCCCGAGCUGUCCUCUCGCUCGGAUUUCGGGGAUGUCCUGGGAGGGCUCUUGGUGCUAGUGCCCCCCCUCCACAGGACCCGCCUCUGUCCUCCCGUUAGUGCCUCAGGGGCCCCCACGCAAAAGCUGGGGUGGAACAAACAGCUGAGGCCACGCCCCUCCCAGCUGCUGGCUGGGAUCCCCCCCCCACCCGUGACCCCAUCCCAGGAGGGGCCCCGGAGCAGAAUCCGAAUCGUGUCCCCACAGAGCGAAUAAAGCCCAGGCUUCU